AUGUCUGAAAAAACUGGCAAUAAUCGGAAGAAACCCAAGACGGACAAUCUGGGAGGGCUUAGAUCUGCUCAAGCGCCCCAAUCGGCGCCCCAGAAUGGUUCGUUCCACCGUGGAACAACACGAUCCUUGAAGGCAUGUCUACUCUGCAGAAAACAGAAAACCAGAUGUUUUCGUUCUUCUUCCAUCGCUGUCAGUUGCUUACGGUGCUUAGGACUCAACAGAGAGUGCUCACUUGAGACAGAGUUUAAAGCUGCGCAUCCCAAUGUUCGCUUGAUCGAUGGAAUUCCUGAGGACCUCUAUACUGAAGCUCCACCUGUGAUUGGAGGAGUCCCCAACGAGCAGGCCGUCAACAUGGCGCUUGGAGACACAAAGCGAAAACUAGACCUCAUUUAUUCGGGAGUUUCGGAGCUUUUGCUGCUCAUGAAGGGAGAAAAUAAUGAGCCCCGCGGCCCUAUUCUAGAAAGAGACGUCAAACUCCUCUUGGAUGCAGCGUCUACAAUGAAGAAGACGUCCCUUCCGUCUACCCCCAACUUGUUUCUUGAUACACAUGGGUCAACACCUGGCGGCUCUAGGGGUUUGCAAGGACACAUUCCGAAUCUCAUGGCUGGACAGCGCUCGGGGCACCAUGACGAUUCCCUGAUUGAUACCGAGGCUAUGCUUUUUCUGUCCCCACCUACCUCAUUCAAAACAUCACCCUAUUGUGCCAUUUCAGGACUUGUGCAAAACAUCCCGAGGCCAAUAUCUAAGCUACUUAAUCUUUCCACAGUCAAUCAGAAUGGCCGUAAGGCCUUUUUUGACGUGGACUUCGAUAUUAUUACUAGCGGAGUCUUGACCGAGCUUGAGGUUAUUGAUCUCAUGACCGAUUUUCGGUCCAAUUAUGGACGAUGGGUGCUGUUUCUGCCGCACACUUCCACAGAGGAGCUAGUCAAACAAAUCAGAACGAAAUCGUCAUUACUUCUCACCACAUGUUGUUGUCUCUCGAUGAGAUACUCGCUCAAUCUGAAGCUCAGUCCUGGCGAUAUCGACAAUCAUCGCAGGAAGAAGGACACCUAUAAAUUAGUAAUGAGACAAUUGGUGAAGGAUCUUGACAAGUCUUUGCUUAAGUAUGCGUCAUUUCAAGGGUCGUCUAACUUUUCCGGGGAUAUAGAGUUUCUUCAGGCCAUUGUGAUUUUAUCAAUCUACUCAUUGUCUCUUUCGUCAAUCGUCACGAAUACAGUAGAUCCUGACUCGUUGGUUGAUGAGGACUUGAACCUACGUGACCUCAAUCUCGAUUCGUGGUACCUUUCUGGUCUUGGUUUGUCUACUUUCAUUUCAAAGGCGAAUUUUGGUACACUCUUCCAUUCGAUCAAUUCCGAAAAUGAUCUAUCUCCCAAUUUCACAGUUCUUUUCAAUAGACUUGACUCAAAUGAGGAUCAAAAAUUGACUGUACUUCGAAUUUACAAUCAUCUUAUAUUGAUUCAUUUGGUAAGCUGUGUAUUCAGCGGUCGAAUGUGUAUUGUGGAUGAAAUCAGACUCAACUAUUGCAUGUCUUCAUUGAGUCUUCCAAGUGCUACCAAUUUUGACGGCCGGAUGGUCAGCGAAAUCGGAAUUCUUCUCAUCACCUAUAAUUUUAUUCAGGUGAAUCAAGCUUCAAACAACAGUAAGGAUUUGAGUCACAUAGAAGCAAACUUACUUAAUGUCAGAGAGGAGAUCACUGCCUGGUAUGAACAAUGGGACUAUUUGUUCACUCAACCUGCGCUUCAAUUUGUGGAGUUCUGCUAUCAUUUCUGUUACAUUUUGAUUUACAUCAACUAUAUUUAUUCCAAACUACUUGUCGCCUCCAAAAUUUCCAUGGCUACCGAUUUUUUCCAUCCUGACAUCAUCGAAGAUAUUUUGCAAUACGCUGAUAAGGCAUCGAUUGUCCAAAUCGUGUCUCACGCGUAUGUGUUGGUUAAAUUCAUUCUGACUGUUGAAGACGAUUCGUACUUCGCUUAUCUUUCUGACCAAAUUCAUUUCUGCUUCUUCUUUGGAGCACUCACUUUGAUGAGAAGUCUCAGAUUUCUCAGGACAAAUGACAAGCUUCACUACUUGAGCAGUGCUGAAGCGAGAUCGAACGGUUUGAGCGAACAAAGUUGGAAAAAGUCUUUAAAUGGGGUCUUCUUGUUGAUUGAGAAGUACGAAAGAGUGGCUCAAGACAAUCCUGAUGAUAUCAUCACAAAAUAUAAGAGCGGGUUGAUGGAAUGCCUACAUGUGCUGUUUCCUGGAGUCACUUUUGAAGGGAUGGAACAAGAAAUCGAUCCAAACUAG